AUGACCCAAGACACGCCUACGGCCUGGGAUGAAUGCGAAAAACGCGAGUUAGAACCACCAGCGGAGCAAGACCAAGACCUAGAUGUCAGCGGGCCAGGAGAUCGUGGGUCCUCUUACAACCACGAGGCGGUAGGCGAUAUCCAGGAUGGGAAGUUCAACCCGGCGCGCAGUAAGGACACGAUUGAGGACAAGGAACUGCAAACCUACGACCUCGUUUCCCUCAACUCAAAUAGUACCUACAUGGAGGAAGAAGUGAGAGUAGCGAUGCUCAGAAGUUAUGACCACGAGCCUCAGUCACUAAAUGCCAUGCCUGAGGACGGUAACGACAUCGCCGGUAACACAUUAAAAGUAAACAAGCCUGGAAAGCCGGGCAGUCCCACCCUCAAUGCGCCGGCCGAUGCUGAAGAGAACGGUGCCUGGGAAGUGCAACGACUGCAGAAGUGUGAAAGAUUGAGCGACGCCAGCGAUACCACGACCUUGAAGGUGCACGCAGGAACAGGAAGAGAAACUGAUUCUCUGGUCUGCAGCUCAGUGCAGCCCGAAAAGAAGAGGAAGUUGGUGAAUGAGACAGAUGAAGAGUUGCGAGUGAUUCAUGGCGAGGACAGGAUGCCGGGAACCGAGGAUGGACGCGUUGAGGUAGUGGCGGAACUGCAUGGCGACUGGCAGGUGAACGUUUUUCCGGCAUCAGAAGUAGACCCAACGCCAUCGAAGAGCCCCAUAGAAAAUAUGGAUCAGACCAAAGGCCAUCUGCAGGUCUCGCAACCAUCGCGUCUGUUUGGUGAGGAGCCAGAAUCGAAACACACAUCGGAGAAUGAGGAGGAAACCGAAGCACGUAGGACGGCGGUAGGGUGUGGCAGCGUCGAGCGGGCUUCGCGAGAGACAAAUAGGCAACUAGAGCCCACCCCCAGCAGAGAAUUGCAAUGGGAACCACCGAUUGCAAUGGAGCAGGUCUCAAUCAUGUCUUUCUCUCUACUUGAGGACGCUGAAGAAGCCCCCGGAGAGUUUGGCAUGCCCGACCUCCUAAACGGAGCGCCGUGCUUCUCCAAAGAGAACAGUGCGCCAAAAAUGAAAGCGCUGAAGAAUGACAUCAGGCGGGAAAAGAGAGGAAUUCCCAAGAAUCUCGCGAAUGUACAUGAAACGGAUGCACAAACAGCAGAACCCCAGGAGUUGGCAGAGGAGGAUGCAAGGGAUGUGACAAUGAUGAUAGUGGAGUCUUUUGAAGGUAGCCCCACUGCCUGGAUAGAUCCUGAGUACGGUUGGGGACGCGAGAACCUCCAAGCCACAAAGGCCUUACAGUCGCAUUCAAUACCUUCAGAAUUAGACAAGAGUAGAAGGACGGAGAAGCAAAAUAGCACUGUAACACUGCCCAUAUUCAUGACGCAUAGGAAAGUGGCUACGGUGGAAGCAAGUAAAUCAAGCUAUAUAGUGAGAAUGGAGGAGGGGUGCGAUCUGACGUGCGCUAACGAUGCAAGUGAUCGCUUCGGGGAGGUAGAUAAUGAACCACUGGGUCGCGAAUGCCUGAAGCCUCAAGACCAAGAAGACUUACUGGGAAGGACAGAACCGAUGUACGAAUCUAAUCCGAAAAAUGCGGUAGACGUGACGGAAGUCUUGAACACAACCGCAUCUGGACGCGACGAGGAGAAAAGUAAUGAGAUUGGAGGUUCCGCCAGGGACCUUCCCCGAAGGACAGGCAUCAACAAGGAUGCAACCGGCGGACCAUCACAGAUACCGAGAACAAGCACUCCCGCAAAGUGGAUCCAGGUGGGACCGCUACAGUUACAUGACACACUGAUGACAAUCGAGUGCGUUUCGGAAUUAACACCGCUUACAAGUGAAGAUGAGGAUGAUGAUUUCGGAAUGGUUAAGAGCGGUACAGAAGAGUCGCCGGGCGCUUUAGAGGUAUUAGAAAAGAAGAGCGAGGAAAAAAGAGACCAAUCGAACCCGCACAUCUUACUGAACGCGACUUCGAGGGAAGAAACUAGGGGUUCGACCAAAUGGAAGGAUAGGUGCAGGGUCCUCCCAGAGGAAGGGGCUAUUGUGCUCACAGAGGAGGCGUUGGCAAUGCCCUCAUACCCCAGCAAGGCCACAGAAAAUCAACAGACGUACAACACAACCUAUGAUAGGCAGGAAGAAAAAACGCUGGGUGAGGAUCAAAUGCACACCAUGAUGCCACCUCCGAAGACUGAGGUCGCCGGAGGGGUGUUUGGCACGCUCAACACUAUUCCCAUUGAGAUUCAAGCAGAAUCGACAGCUCAACAACACACGUGCGACACGACGCUGUGGGAGCGAAUGACAACACCAAUCCGGUUGGAGCACAUCUCAGAAAUGACUUCAUUCACCAGUGAGGAGGAACACAGUGACCGCCACCACGAUGACUACCCGAAGAGCCAAACUGUAUCCACCAGUCGAAACCACGGGCGGCAGGAUGAAACAAUGCUGGUGUUGCGGUCAGAAGCCCCCUCAGCAAAGACAGAGCAGAUCUACGAACUGACACCACUGUGUAGUACUACAUCCGAGGAGGAGGGAGGCAUAGGCCAGGACCAGGCAAAAAAAGAAGGCCGAAGCACGGGCACUCGGCUAUCGCAUUGGAUAGGCGUCGAGAUGCAAAGCCGACUGGCGCAGGAGAAUGGAACAAGACGGCUGGACAUUCAAGAUCCGGCACUUCCACGGACAGAAUCCCUUCAAACUGUCGAGGUUGAUGGUCAGCUGGAGUAUCCAACUCCACUUCACCUAACCGACGGUGCAUCCGAGUAUAUGGAAACUGGUGACCAGGGUCUUACCACCAGACCGUUACUCAAGGUGACCCACCAAAAAACCGAGACCUCAGAGACCGGAACAGUAGAUGUCGGCGGCGGCGGCGCGAACGAAGUUGAUCAAUUGCUACAGCGAGCGCAACAGUGCAUGCCCUAUGAACGCCUUCAGGUGGGACAGAAUCGGGAGCCUAUUCACUGUCUCAGUCUUACUGAGGGUGCUACAACGACAGCGACGCUGUGCGGUGCAGUGCACGUCAGUUUCAACCCCCUUGAUAACACUGCCCCCAACUGGCAAGCCGGAGAACAGAAUGGGAAGAUCGACAGUUUCCCAGUCGCGUCUCAUGGUCUCUUUCACCCCAACGCCUCUUCCAAGUUGAGUUCUACCCCACAAACAGAGACCGUCAACUGGAUUGAGAGAACGGUGAUCUGUAGUCCGGUCAAGAUGGACACACUACAGGCUAGGCCGAACGCCAAAGAGGACGUCAUCGCCACCGCUGCUGCUGCUGCUGCUGAUACUUCGACUGCGACAUCGAUGGUCAGAGAGAAGGUAGCCAGCGGACUGGAGGAGAUUGCAACUGAAAAUGAGGUGACGACACGAUGUCUGGACGAGACGUUCGCAGCUGUCUGGUGGUGCGCCCCAGCCCAGUCCCUUCGACCCUACACUGGCGACCACGAGCAUGCGAGACAAAGGACGGCAGUUCAUCGGAGUGAGCCGGCAUCAAAGGGCGAGUUCGACAGGGAGGAGGCUUCUGCCCUGCAUCAAAUUAUCACCGUAACGCUCCCGCUGAGUAAAAACACAAAAACAAGUGCCGCGGAGGACGAGGCAAAGAGUGAGGGUAGUAUGGCAGAAGAACGCAAUGACGGUCCAUUGGUGGCGGAAAAGUCGGAGGAGGCAGAUUACCGCAGUCGGCAGGAGGCAGAGGAUAGCGAAAUUGGGGAGGCGGCAUGCAGCCCGACGCAAGUCAAACCACCCAACGCUUUCGCUGAACCCUCGUCAGGGGAAGUGGUCAGGAGAGGGAGUACAAGAAAACCAUCACCGGAAAGGAGACGAAAAUCAGCAAUAAUAACGGUUGUCGGUGAGGAGAGGACUGCAUUUCACAAACAGCCAAGGGUAAAAGUAAAAGUCAUCAAAGAUGUUGUCAGGCCACUCAAAAGCUCCGAAAGGUUCGAGGAACAGGAUGGACCGCAGAUGCCGGUUGUGACCGAAAUGAAAGAGCAGCAACAGGAGGAUGCGGAGGAGGAGGACAACCCGCUUUACAGGAAACCAGAAAGAGAAACACUUCUACAGACCGAGGAAGAACAUUCCGCAGAGGGUUUGACAACAGACAACACGUCACAACUGGCGUCGCGGACGGAGAGCUCUCGCAGACGUGACGCUCUCAUGACUGCCAUUUACCUCGACGGACUCAUCAGGGAUACAGUGGCUGCUCUUCGAUGCCGACCAAAGGCUAACAGGCUGGACCCUGCAAGAAGGCAGGUUUCGUGCUUCUGUUGGCGGCGAUAG